AAGCAAUUUUCCCCCAUCACUCAUACGCUACAACAAAUUAUGGCUGCUGCGGAAGAAAUGGAACGGAAGUUCACGGCGAACUUCCUUGAAGGAGAAGAUUACCCUAGAGACGGAGAUUCGAUUGAGCUCGCUCGAGCCAGAGCAGAGCUGGCUGCUUUACAAAACAAAUUUGAAAACAUGGGGUUCGUAUCAGGACCUGUCACCUAUAUGGAACAGAUAGGCCCCAAACGAGUAAUCCUAAGUGAGACUCCGAGCAUCUCUGCUCCUAUGAUGCCCCCGCCCGUCAGGGCAUUACCCCCGCCACCGGUUGAGGCGCCUGUACGAUCAAACGAAUCGGCGGCCAUUUUCAAACUAACCAAAACCUUGAUUAGCUUGAUCCAGGAAAGCAAAAAGGAGCAGCGAGAGCGCAAUGCUCGGUUGGAAGCCAUGAUGAGGAACAUGCGACCCAUUGCGGUGCGAGCCCCUCUGAUGCAGCAAGGAUUAGCCCCGGCCCCUGCGCUCGGAGGAGUCACAAAUAACCUGAAUGUCUGUUACGUCUGUCAUCAACCAGCCCAUCUAGCCUGUGAUUGCCCCCACCGACCCCCUCAACAGCGAAUUGGAUUUGCACCUAUGGCUGCGGCCCCCAUCGCUAACGGACCUGGACGAGUCGGAGCCCUGAUGGAAGAAGUAGAAAGUGGGGGAAGUGCCCUUGCCACCAUGGAAGAGGCCGCCGAACUGAUCUCGCUAAACCAGUAUGUGUCGCUGGGAUAUCCUAGGCUUGGAAUGAUCAAAACAAUCAGACCAGCGCCAAAACCAAAAGAGGUGGCGGAGUGGCGACCGUCCCUAGGAGAAAUGGAGUCGGGAGGACCCACCUUCGUCACAGGGGAGAUCGAUGUAUUAAACAUCAUCCGAGCUUUGGACCAUCGGAUUCCCCUUCCGAAUGGUCAUCUGCUCUCGAUCUCCGAGCAAGCCAACGAGCGAAUGUUACAGCAUUGCAAAGCGAACCGAAAGCAAUUCGCCCUUGCCCGAACCCCGAAUGCGAAAGCCAAAAGCCCCGCGCCCGAAGAAAACCCCGCAAGUACUUCGGAUCCGAUACGGUGGGUUCGGUGUCCGAUGGGGAUUUGCAAUGCGCCUGCCACGUUUCAGCGAGCGAUGAACAUGACGUUCCAGAACUUCGUCAGCAAGACACGGCUGACGCAAGGAAUGAUUAACUUCUGUGUGAUCGUGUACAUGGACGACAUCCUAGUCUAUUCGAAAACCUAUCACGGGCAUGCGCAACACAUCGAAUGGACAUUGGGUGCACUGAGAGAUGUUGGGUUCAAGAUUGCGCUUGAGAAGAGCGAAUUUUUCCUCUCAGAAAUUUCGUUCUUGGGCUAUGUCGUGAUAGGCGGAGGAUUGCGGCCAGACUCGAGAAAAGUUGCGGAGGUGAAGGAAGCUCCGGUUCCCACGUCACUGACGCAGGUUCGAGCCUUCUUGGGACAGGCGUCGUACUACCGACGCUUCAUCAAGGGCUUUGCCGCGAUUGCACGACCACUAACGAAUCUGUUACGAAAAGACCAGCCUCUCAGCUGGGACUCGAAGUGCCAGCAGACCUUUGCAACCCUCAAGGACACUCUGGCGACGGCCCCUAUUUUGAUUCGACCAGACCCCUCGAAGCAGUUCAUUCUCAUCACGGACUGGCAACCGGAAGCUAUUUCCGCUAUUCUAGCGCAGAAGGGGAACGAUGGUCGCGAACACGUCAUCGAGUACGCGUCACGAACCGUGCCGGACGAACGAAGGAACGACUCAGCACCUCAAGGCGAAUGCUAUGCAGUGGUCUGGGGAAUCCAGCACUUCCAUCCGUAUCUCUAUGGAAAGAAGUUUCACCUCGUGACGGAUCACGAGUCUCUGCUAGCUGUGAAGAAGCUCACCAACUACACGGGCAUGAUUGGUCAGUUCCGAUUCACGAGCAACCCCCAGGUAGUGGUGCUGGCCGAGGCAACAUCGUUCCAACGACGAGCGGCCCCGGGAAUCAGCCACGUGUCUACCGUGGUAGUCUUCAGCGGCGACAUCACCGCCUUCGAUUCGGCGCGGCAAGCCGCCAUCAAAAGCACCUUGUACCGAUUUGUCGAGCUCUCGUUUUGCCUGCUACGAGUGGAUCUGAACUGGACGUGGGAAGGCGAUCAGAGGCCCGCGUCGGAGAUUGUGGAGUUGCUCGUCAUUCAGGCGUGGAGGACCAAUGUGGCGGGAGAUCUUCUGGGAUUUGUCUUUGGAGCAGUGGAUCGGGGAAACCGAUCACAGAUCGUACGCGGACUUACGAUCGUGAUCGCGCGAUUGGCCGACGAACUCCCUCUCGACAUCGUCUCUCAGAGCGACGAAGAACCCAUGCCACAUAUCCUCUCAAGGACUCUCGCCCUGAGCCUCCAAUGGUCAGCUUGUAUCGAGGAGCGUUGUGCGGACGACCGUUUUCCCUCCCGUAGCGAGUACCUGGACGUCCACAGCUUGACUAAUCCCCGCUUCUUUCGGCAACCAACGACGUUCGAGUGGGCGGCACUGAGAGCAGAAGAGGAGGCCGAAGAGGAAUCGGAAGGAGAAUUGAGGAGAGAGGCCGGGGAAGCAGCGACCCGAUUGGCCGAGGACGAGGAAGAAGAGCGAGAAGCAGAAGAAGAGUCGGCGGAAGCUGGAGAAGAAGAAGAAGAAGCAAAGGAGGAGACUUCGGAGGAAGAGGAAGACGCCUGUAGCGAGUACAGCGAGGGCGAGCAAAGUGAGGAGGAGGACGAAGACGACGAAGAAGUGGAAAGCGGGGACGACCAGGAGCCAACGCACGAUGAGCUCGAGUCGGUGCCAGGACCGGAUCGGCGAGAGGAGAACCCGGGGGCUGCUGCGCAGCGCAAGAAAGAGAUCGCGGAAGGAAAGCGGUUGGCGAUCGAUUCCGCACCGAACGAUCCUUUCAAGGAUCCCGAGCCGCCCAAGCCGGAACAUGGAGACCUUGCUGCCACGACCUCGGGAGCCGCGACGACAAGGCGCCGAUCCCGAUCCCGAUCCACGUCCCCCUCCACCUCCGCCCGUCCCCCAAUUCGUCAACGUGUCAAUGAGGGGCUUAGCCCUUCGUCCCCGAUCCAUAUACCACCAUCCCCUUAGCUAUCUCUCUUUCAAUCAGUAUUUCCAUCGGGCCGUCUACCCCCGUAAUCCCUUCCCCAUCGCCACCUUCCAACA